AUGUUUGUCAAAAAAUCAUUCCAUGGCCGCUCCGACAGCUUCACUGGCAAAUAUCGAGCCGGCAAGUCGACAUCCACAUCAGCAUCUCGAAGCAUGAAACGGUCAUUUCGGGAUCAUACUGGAGGAAGCCAUUCCGUAUCAGAAAGUAAACACGGAAAACACGCUUCACCACUAGCUGAACAAAACCUCACCUCAGCCGUAGUCACAAUUUGCGUUGGCAAAGAUCAGCGCCUCUUCGCCGCGCACGAAGACGUUCUAUCCCUCUCGCCCUUUUUUGCUGCUUGUUGCCGUGGACAGUUCCUACAAGCACACAACAAGCAAAUCAGUCUACCGGACGAACAACCCGAGGUCCUUUCCUCGAUACUCGAAUAUCUAUACAAAGGAGACUACUAUCCUCGUCUCGUACAUAACAAGCGUCGUGAUACGUGGUCGUUGGAGGAUGAUGUGAUGGACGUCGAUGGCGAUGAUUCAAAGGAUGCUGCGUAUCUUCAUCAGGCGGAUGGGAGUAUGAUCUUGAAAGAUACUGCCAUGUACUGCGCAGGCGAACGCUACAAACUCCCCGAGCUCAAACGCCUCGCCCUCCGCAAACAAGGGCUCCAAUCAGGCAUCCACUGCAGCACAAUCUUGACCAGCGCGCGAUACGCGUACGCAAAUACUCCCGAGAACGACAGCCAGCUCCGUGCCCACUAUCUUGCUCUGAUCAUAAGGAGCAGAUCCACAUUCAAGAGGAGUGGGACUAUGCAGAUGGAGAUGGAGAAAGGUGGGAAGGUGUUUUUUGAUUUGUUUGUGGCUAUGUGUAAUCAUAUGGAUGAUAUCUCGACUGCCUCUCCGGCUCUGAGUAGAAGGACCUAA